GUUCUUCCUUCAAAUUCUCAUCAGGUGGCUUUGGUGGUUCCCACCUUGCGGAUUUAUCCCCCGUUGGUUCUCCUUUCUCUCCUAACGGUGAUGGUGAUGCUGUCUUCGUCUCUUCUCGCUCUCGUCUUGCAUUAA